UGAUCGCUUCCAAAGGGAUCGAUUGUAGUUAAACAGCUCUUCUUAAUUCCUGAGAACUCGGGCUCGACAAACUUUCUUUAUUUUCGAGACCAACCCAAACAUCGUUCUAUCUCCUUCUUAUCUACUUUUUCAAUCGUUUUAUCUGGUAGCUGAUAAAAGUUAGUUUAAGUUCAGGCACGCCAGAUCAUUUCCAUUCAUUAAUUUGCGGAUUUGUUUAUUAAAAAUACCUAUUUUUUAGCCAUUUACUAGCAAAUAAAAUUUUCAUUCCUUUUUUUGAAACAUAUGGGUCUACGAGAUGAAGAUAGUGAAAAAAUAUAAUACGGUGAAAACUCUUCAAUUAGUCUGAAAGGAAUUUUAAAUUUGGACAAAUUCAUCCAUUCAAUCCUAUUUCAUUUUUAUUCUUUUAAAGUUUUCAAACGAUAAGAAUUUGAGACCAGAAUCAAUGACCUGACAAAACAAUUAAACAAAUGCACAUCAGUUUUUCAACAUUUUAAAUCUGGAACAACCCUUCGAAAUUCCGAAAACGACUAAAAAAUGAAUAAUGUUUCAAACUUGAAUGACUGUACAUUGCCAAACGGUAAUUGAAUUUCAUCCUAUGGCAACAUCAUUCAGGGUUGCUCAGACCCUUGCAAUUUCAUUCCGUUAGAGCAGAAAACUUGUUAGCCCAGAAUCAAUAUUGAAAAUAGCGGCAACGCACACAUUUUUAUGAUUUAUUUAUUUUAUUUCUUAGAAAUUGAAUAGAUAAAACAACAAUAUUGUUUCACAAAUAUGGGCAUGAUGUGUCUGGUGAAAUUUUGUACAAGUACCAGCGCCUACAAGAAGCAAAAGAUAUACUUACAUUCGAGUAAUAUAUAUAUAUAGCUUUAAUGCUAUUAAUGCAUCGAUGCUUAAUUUUAACUCGAGUAAAAAAAUACGGCUCGUCAUAAAUGUGGUUCUCAGCAUAUACAGGGACGUCGUUUUUUUUGUUUUACAUUGAUGAUUUGCUAUAUCGGACGAGGCUAAAACUUUUGUGAUUUAUGUUGGAUAUCAGUAAUUUGUUGAGAUGAUUAAUCGUAAUUAUGUUAUCGUAGAUAAGUUUUAUUAUAUUAGAACCGAUUCGCUUAUCUAUAAAGUAACUAUUUUUAUAUAUCAUCCGUAUAACCAAACGCGUGCGAUUUAUCUUAAUUGACUCUAUAACAUUGAUAAGUUGAAAUAACUAUUUAAAAAUAUUGCGUUUAUCAGCAAGCUAAUUCCAUAUAAAUACACCGGCUAUUCUGAAACAUUUCAUUAACAAAAUCAAACGAUAUACAAAAUGAUUUCUUACCGCCAUCCUUACCAAGCUGUCUCGAAUGCUCAAUGGACGCCAUUUCUUCGUUUUAAUUAUGCAGGAAGUUCGGAUUUAGAAGAAAUUACAACAAAGAAGAGGAAAUUUUCAUCAAAUGAAGAUUCGGGGUUUACGAAAGUUGCAGUUGUAAAUAAGGAGACACAAGUUACAAAACUUCUCGACUUUUCGAAGUUUCCCGAACAGGUGGAAGAAAAAAUAAAUAACCGACAAAGGAAAACGAAAAGUACUCUUUUCACCAUAGACGAAAUACUGGGACAUUCGGCCGAAAGCCCAAGUAAAAAGAGAAGACUUGAACUUCCGCAGUCAUCUAAAACCAAAGAUGAUUCAUUCGACUCUGGUUUUGCAUCGUCUGGAGAAAACGAUGAAUCGAUUAUUUCAUGUCCUUGUGCAAAUGACAGUGGAAUUUGUGUCAAUGAUUCACGAGAAAAAUUUGGUCAAAUUCAUUCUAUGACAACAGACUUACCUCAACCUAAAGUAAGAAAUAAUCGACAAUUACCGCAUCCAGAAAGCUAUAGUGGUUCAUAUAUUCCUGUCAAUGAUGCAUAUUAUUUACAUUCCGGAUUACACCACUUUGUGCAGCAAAAUUGGAUGUAUCACAACCAACAUGCGAUAUCGUAUGCACCUAUUGAGACUGCAGCUUUCGUUGGUCAAGGCAAUACUCACUCAAAUAUGUGUUCACAUUCACCGAAACACCGAUCUCAAAAAACAGAAAAGACUAAACGAACAAGAACUACAUUUACUCAAAAACAGUUGGAACGUUUGGAAAUUGAGUUCAGCAAUCAUCAAUACAUGGUUGGAAUUGAAAGACGAGAACUUGCUAAAAAACUCAGAUUGACAGAUACGCAAGUGAAAGUUUGGUUUCAAAACAGAAGAAUUAGGUAUAGGAAUGAAAAGAAGCGCGAACCCGAAGAAGAAACCAACAAACUGGACAUUCUCAAACGCGAAGCAAUCGGAAAAUGAUAGGGAUUUCUGAUGUUUACAGAUUUAAGUUUCAUAGAGGUUGUCUUUGUAAUAUUUGAUUAUAAAAAGUUUCGUGGAAUAAGGUUCCUAAUUAAUAACGAAUAUAUGUUAACAAAAUGAUCUAUUUUGUUGUUAAGUAAAAUGUGUUUGUGUGUGUGAGUAGCUCAGUUCCGUUAGAGAAAUGCUGGGUGAUUAAUUUCAAAAUUCUCAACAAAAUGCAAAAUAUUCAAUUCCAGGAUGUGGGUUCUCGUCUUGACGUUAAUUGAAACAAACGUUUAUCGCUUCCAGAAGGAUCAAUUUUAGUUGAACAGCCCUUCCUAAGUCUUACGAACUCAGGCUGACAAACUUUCUUCACCUCAGAGAUCGACCUAAAUAUCGUUCUAUUUCCUUCUUACUGAUGGCUGAUUUUAAUGGGUUUUUUUAUUAUAAAUGUGUAGAUUUUGUUAAUAAGUCAAUUCUUUCUUGAAAUUUACUUCUGUGUUUCUCCAGAUUUUGUUUUUGCUGUAAAAAUAUACGG